AUGGAUAACAGAAAUAGCGGUGGCUCUAAUAGACCAUUUUCGGUCAAUAACCCAUUCAGAAAUGCCACAAUUGAUUCAAGUAUUACUCAAUAUAAAAAUGAUGCUCAGUUUCAAGAGUGGGCAAGGAACCAGUCUCGUACAAAUUCAUUUGAUAGACCACAAUUGAAUACAAGAACAUCUUCGCAGUUAUCAUUUCCAAGUAUUCCAGAAGAUGAGCAGCAACGAAGGGCAGACCAACAGGGUGUUUACUCUGGCCUGGAAAGCUUCAGUACUGGUAGUCUAUCACCGCCGUCUAGAGCCAUUUCCUCUAAAAAUCCUUUUCUGGAUGACGUAAGUAUGACAGAUAAUUUUGAUAAUAGGAAUGUGAGAUCUCCUCCCCCUCCUCCUCCUCCUUCAAAGAGUAAAAAUCUCCCAACCGCUAAAGAAGAAAAGGACCAAUUAAGGCAAAGAUAUUUGGAGGAGAGUGAUGUAAAUGCAACGAGUAAUAGACAAGGAAGUUCUGACAUGCCCCCUUCUUAUGAAGAGAUCACUAUAUCUGAUGGGCCAAGGCGUGGAUAUCCAAAGGAGAAGAGUUCUCGUUCUUCUUCUCAUCGCGAACAUAGCAACAGCGCCUCUUAUGUUCCACACAAAUCUUCAUCGCAUCACCACCGCGAAGCAUCUUCGUCUUCGACUCCUUCCAAGAAUGGGAAAAGAAAAGGUAAAGGUGUUAUGCCUAAGAACGUGGAUACCAUUGACAAAUUGGAUGUGACUGGGUUGUUUGGUGGUUCAUUUCACCAUGAUGGUCCCUUCGAUGCUGUCACACCUCAUAGAAACAAGAAUAACAAAGCCGCUCCUGUUUUAGCAUUUCCGGUAGAUGGUCCCAACAGUACCAUCGGUGGUGCUUCGUUUAAAAAGUCUGCCAUGGACGAAGUUUUUGGUAGAGAUGAUGUAGAUGACUCUGACAUAUACCAGUAUAGCCCACAUACUCUGAAAAGAGGUGGUGACACGCAAGAUGCAAUAAAAUCAAGUGUGGGUAAAAAUAUCCAACAGAUGGAUGCUAAAAAUAAAACGCAAUUAGUUCAUGGACCCGUUACAGCAGGAUUAGGCUCCAGCACGUUUUUAGAUGGGGCUCCUGCCUCCUCGGCGGCCAUCAGAAGCGACAUAAAAGCGCACUCUAACCAUAAUCGUACUGGCGGUCUACAGAGAAACAAAUCGCUUUCACAGCGGUUAGGCCUUGGAGGAUCUGGUGACACUAAUGCUCCCAUGACCGGUGUUAGAAGAAAUUUAAGCUUAAGCAGGGAGAACCACGACGUAAGUAAUAAUAGCGAAGGUGUUAGAAGGUCGAAGACUGUAAACCCGUCAAGCAGAACUCACAGAUCCAAAUAUCCUACAGACUUUGACGACCAGAGUGACGAAGAUGAAGAUGAAGACAAUGUUUACUUAGGUGUACGCUAUAAUGAUUCUAACAUGAAAAAAAAGUCUACAGGUAGUAAGCUACUCAACAGAGUUAAAAGUCUAAAAGUUGGAAGAAAAAGUCAGUAG